AUGCACGAAGCGACAACUCCAAUCGCUUAUAGGGGAACCGUUUGCCGCCCAGGGAGAACAUUUUUAUGGCGACUGAUUGAUUUGUUGGAUUCAGCGCGUCACCCUAGUCAUCACAUCCGCUUAACCAAGUGCUCCCUUAAAGACAUUUGUUGGUGGUUAAAAUUCUUACAAUUAGCUUGGAACGGCUGCAGUUUCUUCUACAACACUGCACGAUGAACAGUGGCUUACAAGUGCAUGUGUACAUUUGUACACCCAUGCCUGUAACACCUCAUUUGGCGGUCUGUUUGAUCAUUCAUGGCUUUCUGCGUCCUUCAACUACGUUGGCAUUCCUGCACGGCGCUCUAUUACAUUUAAAGAACUAUUUGCUAUCAAGGUUGCUGUGACAAUAUGGUCCAUGUUUUUACAAUCCCGCAAGAUUAUUUUUCAUUGCAACAAUCAGUCUGUUGUUCACAUUCUCAAUUCUGGCACCAGCCGAUGUCAUCAUAUAAUGUCGCUAAUUCACUGUCUUUUCUAUGUUUGUUGCAAAUUUAAUAUAGUUAUUGCUGCAGUGCACAUACCCAGGCUCAAAAACUCACCUGCUGUUGCUUUAUCUCAAUUGCAGGUGGGCCAAUUUCAAGAACUGGUUCUUUAUGUGGCGGCCUUAUUCACCCCAGUACCUUUCUUGGACUUAGCAAGCUUCAAGUAUUGUUUAAAAGAUCAUUCUUUAUUUCCAUCAGGGUCUAACAUCCACUACUCAUCGCACCUACAGCUCCGCACAACGCCAAUAUUGAUGUUUUGUGACACUCACAACCUCACCACACUUCCAGGCAACGAAAACACUAUACUUCUCUUUAUCACUGAUUUAGCAAAAAUACUAGUCGUGGCACACCAAAUUAAUAGAAUUAAUUGGUAGUAUUUUUGGUUAACUGUGUCCCAAAAACUUGUACACAAUAUUAUAUGGCAAUAAAUGUCUUGUGUUGAAAUCAUUCUUGUUUUCAUCACCCUGUUUACUUUGUUUGAAGUUUGCGGGAAAUGUGGUGGCUCUUAUGCCUCACUUUCAUGCUUAUGUUGUAAGUGUGUAUAAAACUGAUAAAGGCAGUUACAGAGAUCAUAUUACAUAUUAACUGCUACAUAGGUCACUUUGAUAAUGUUAUAAAACAAUUAGUAGAUGCUUCAGGCAUGUGUUUGUCGAGAUAUUGAGCACUUGGGAAGUUUAGAGAGCACUCAAGAGGAUGAAGUUGCUCUUAGCAUAACUCUUAUGCCUCUUUCAUGCUCUCCACACUUCCUGCGUACUCAUUAUCUUGACAUUUAGUAUAUACACACUAAGUGAUCUUGGUGAUUUAAGCAAUCUGAUUGGUUUGCUAUCUCGAACUAUUCAACAAUAUUCACCUCCUAGCGAGCGGAUAAUGUGUGGGCUCGGUGUUUUUCCCAUUUUUUUAGAGAAUGAUCUUUUAAAAGACGACAAAAUCCUAGGGUUGACUUUUUUUAAGGCAAGAAACGACUUCAAAGGUUUCAAAAUGGCGUUUUUCCAUUUACUGUAGCUGAGUUUUGUGCUUGAUAGAUUGUUUACAACUCCUGUUUAUUCGCGUAGAAGAAGCCAUUUCGUGAACUCACCGUUUUCUAACAAGAAACAUUUGGCCCAGAAAUCGAAGUUUAUUUAUGACAAACACAUGUAAAUUUGAAAGCAAAUGUUUGCAGAAAUUCUAAGUUGCAAGUAAAUAGGAAAAGAAUGCUACAAGAAGACGACGUCUUUCCCUGAGAAACCGAGCCGCCAUGUUUGUCAGCACUUAACGCGAAGAACGACACAAAAAACCUUUUUGGCUAUAAACUCGGCGAGUCAACAGAAAACAACAAAGCCCUACUUUUCUUCUUAGGUAAGGAGACAAUUCAAACUUUUAACGGUUUCAUUUAACCAUUACACUCUUGCUUGCGACGCGAUAAACUUGUGAAUUGCCAUGUUUAAAAAUUCUGCAUAGAUCUAUUUUUAAACAUACGCGUGAUUUAAUCUGUCAAUCAAAUCGUACUUUUUAAUGGUUUCCUCUCUGAUUUUGUUGAGAUCACUUCUUGUGUAUAUACUAAAACGAUUAUUCUUUUCAAUCUCGGAGAAUAGUGGCUUUGGGAAUAUUUACCUCGCCACUUUCGCAGUUUGGUAAAUAUUCAGCCACUACUCACCUCGAUUUCAAAGAAUAAUUGUUGAAUAUACACUGAUGCAUGCACUAAUAAUCAGUGCAUUCAUCAGUGUAUAUAUGUCAAGAUACUGAGUAUGCGGGAAGUUCGGAGAGCAUGAAAGAAGCAUAAGAGUUAUUGUUAAAUGUAGCAGGUGAUCAGAUAUGAGCAUACAUUUGUACAUGACGAUAUGACUGUAAUAUUCAGCUUAUGAAUGUGUUGUCCUGGAAAUUCCAUACAAACAGAAAUAUUGCAAAAAACAUCAAAUUUAAGAUUGAUGAAAGUUCAGGAGUUUAAAGCUUGUAACAAUUUCACUUUAAAUUACCCGCUUCAAGCAUUAAUUUACAUCCAUAUACCAUACAUACAUAAGUUUACAUAGCCUUUGUUAAAGUGACUAAGGGUUCCAGCACCUCUUGGCCUGGCACUUACCAACUGAAUUAAUUACGAAAACAAACAUUCCAUGUUUACUGAGACUAAACUUUCAGACAAGGAAUACUCUUCUGAGAGCAAGAUAACUCAAGAUUUUCUUUAUAAAUAAGGGGAAAUAAAUAAAAGCUUACCUGUAAGCAUAAAUCCGAAUCCUUUAAACUUUAAAGCCAGGACGUGGCUGUACACAGCGUAAAACGUCGUCAAGAUUCCAGUGAUUUGCAGCCAUGCCGAUGAAUGAUUUUGCUCAAAAAUGCCACAGAGCGAGGAACGUAACAUUACCACUGGUAGCAGUUAUAGAGUAGUCCAUUUUCAGGAAGUUUUGACCACAAACUUUAGCAUUUUCUCCUCAUUUUGCCGUCGAUGAUCAUGGCUUCCAUUGCACAACAAUGGGUUCUCGUUCCCAGAAUCCUCGCGGCACUAGAGUUCCCGCCAAAACAUCGGUUGACCCUGUCAAAACCCCCAAAAACCACACCCAAAAUCGAAAGUUAGUCCUCUUUUUGGACUUUUUCAGCGACCUGAAACAUACUUAUUGUAGGCAUCAUUUCGGAUCUAUUUCGACGUUACUCCAAAUUUUUAGAAAAUUCCAGAUUUUGACCUAAAAUCAUUUUGUAAUCCCUUUCAAGGUAGCAGCAGCGAAAAAGGCAGUUUGCAGUUUACGUUGAACGGCAGGAAGGGCAUCCAGCCGUAAGUGACUUACGACAAGGUUUUUUGCUACGAAAAAUUGUACAGCCUUACGUUUAAAAGCAGAAGUAGCUCUCUUUAUCCGUCAACGAUGUGCUUGUUGGAUUUUUGAACUCGAAAAAGCGAAUUAUCCCUAGUUUUUUGGCCAUAAAAGUGAUGCAGUUUGACUUGACGAAAAACAACAUGGCGGAACUAAACAAGGAACACCUUGAAAAAAAUUAUGAAAUCCCAGCAACGUGAUACUGUAAACGCAUAACUGCAAACUGCAGUUUGCGGUUUCCCAUGAAAAACCAAAUGCUAAAGGUCUCGACUGAGCAUCACGUUUACGGCAAACAGCAAACGUGAAUUUGUACCACGUGACCAAAACAAUUACCCCGACUUUCUAUUUUCCCAUCAACUAUACCCUUGAGUUUUAAAUCCAAAAAUGUUCAACGAGGUAAUUUUACCUCUCUAACAAAGUGCCGACAACAAUGACUAAAGAAAAUUAAAGGUGUAACCCUAUUGUAAAAAGACGCGCACUGGGUGACACUAGGCCUUACCAGAAUAUAACAUAUUGCCGUAUGAAGGGAAAAAAUUCCAUAUCAGCUCACAUGCAUGUUGGAAGAAAGAAAGAAAAUCAAUAUUAAAUCAAUUUCGAGGAAUGUAGUUACCGUCUAUAAAUAAUUUUUCCGGAUACUUCCUGCUGAAAUAGGCUGUGCUGCCUUGAUGAUGUUUUGCGUUUUGAAGUUUCUUCAUUUGGGCGUUUCUUAGUUGAUAAAGUUCCUUCGGCAUUUCCUCAAAAACACCGUAAUCUUUCCCUUCGAGUGAUGUUUUUGCACGCGGUAGGACGUCUUCCCGAUCGGAAUAUCGGAGAAAUCUUACGAUAAUAGGACAGGGCUUCUUACCUGUUCUUUUUCCCACUCGGUGAAUCCGCUGAAAUUCGAAUCUACUUUGGGCAUUCUCAAAGCUAAGCUCUCUUUGCAGAAAAUCAUAAGUCACUUCCUUUGUAUUUUCCACGUCGUCGAACGGUGUACCAUUUUCUUCGUUUCUAACAAACAUGAGAUUCUCCCUUCUACUGUAAUGUCCCUGGUAUAAGAGUUGCAUUUUGAGCUCGUCGGCUUCAUGCUGAACUUUUUUAAGAUCUUUUGUAAAUCGCUAAUGUCCUGAUCAUGGAACUCAACACUUUUUUCAAGAUCGUUUACCUUCGUGUUCGUUUUCCCCGUCUUAUCUUUCAGGUUCUGUACGUCUUUCUCCAUAACGGUAAAAGAUUGUUCGAGAGAUGCCAUUGAUCUGUGCAGAUUAUGUAGACGCGUUUCUGUCAGAAUGCUGUCUAGCUUUCUUAAUUUGCUUCAUAUCAUGUCCACUUUUUUCCUAAGACCGUCCGCCAUUGAUAGCGCUGUUAGUACCUCGUCCCCUUUAUACAACCUUUAUUCAAAAAUUUAUGGUCCUGUAACGGGGUUACCAUCACGCAAGACGCAAGACGCCUAAAUAAAAUGAUAUAAAAUUAAAAGUAAUAAAAUAAAAAAAGAAAGUCCACAGCAUCGAUCAUCAUGCAAUAUUAAAAUUCAUCAUUGACUAAAAUACUCUAAUAAGAAUUUUUUGAAAUGAUCUGCGGACUUAAUGUUAACAAUUUCGCUUGGUACACCUGUUUCACUUUCACUCGUAAAUGGAUUGGCUUCUCUGCUUUUUUCCUCUUCGGGCGAAACGGCGUCCAAGGAAGACGAUGUGGGCCUGUCUUUCCUUUUCGGAGGCAUCAAAUUGCAAGGAUUAACACGCCAAAUGGCGGAGCACCAAAAAAACAGUCCUUACACCUUGACCAUUCCGAGUCUCCCCCCAAAACCUAUGUGGGGGUGUGUUCGAGCAACUUGCUUGCUACACGAUGAGGUACCAGGAAUCUGAUUUACAUCUUGGCCUUUAUUCUUCUUAAUCUUCUUACAACUUCUACUUACUAAGCAACUUUCUCAGUUCUACCAACUUCUCCACUAAUCUCUACUUCUCCUACUAACUAGUUGAAGUAUGGUAGCGGUUUUAAUUUAGCCAAAGCUGGACAUGUUUGGGUUAGCUGACCGGAAGAGUUUCUAUUGUAUAUCUUAUCGCUAACAUUGCAACAGGUUUGCCAUUGUUAGGGAAUAGACUAGCCUACGCACAGCCGCAACUGGUAAGUACCAAAGAACAAAGGUCAGAACACCACAAACACGACCACCUCUAAAAAAACCGGACAAUGCCAAGCGAAUAACAUUCCUAUUAUGGCAACAAGUAAAUUCGCGAGCUGAGCAUAAAUUUAACUACAAGUAAACACAAAAGAUCAAAUUAGGAAAACAGUACGUGGGCAAAAACAAGACUUAAAAAACAAAACUUAAAAGAUAAGAUAGAUUCGUCUUAAAAAUAACUUUCAAAAUACUUCACAACACCUAUUUCUCAGCAGUUCUCUAUUUAUUUGCUUGCGUGGCUAAUAUAUUUUUUUAAUGAUUAAGCGUAGGUUGCAAUUGGAACGGAGGCUUCCUACUCUUAAAAGCUGGUGUCAACAUAAAAUGAUUGAGUUUUCUAAGUUAAAUUAGUAAAAAGGUCGAAAUGUCCAUGAGAUAAGUGUUUUCCGAGGGACAUCAAGUUUGGAGACAAGAUGUGCCACUCUCAAAAAGCACUCUGUUAAUAUUUGUUUGUGCAUGAAAAGCUUAUUACUGACACGUUCUAAAACAAAACGCGAUAUUCUAAAACGAUAAAAACUCGCAAAUAAUUGAAUAUUUUACCAAAUAUUAUCCCUCCCUGGAAAAUUUGAGCUGAAUGAGGCAAAUGUUUUCAUUCUUAAAGUGUUUUGGAAAAGAUUGUCAUUAACUUGCUCUCUCCUGUAUUGAACACGAUGAGAUAAUAGAGAUAUAGGGCAAAAAAACUCUGCUUUUACCAUACUUCAAAACAGGCUGGCAAAAAGUUUGACAAGGUAUAGUUUUGUGUUGCAAAACUAUAGGAAUUCGACAUCUUGAACUUCAACGUCGACGAAAAUUUUCAUCGACAUUUUACUAUCUGUAAAACGUGGUUUGGAAAAUUUUCGUCGACAUUUUCCCAGCAAACUCAAAAAGUCGACGAAAAUUUUCACCGACAUUUUAUUACCAGACUAAAAAUUUCGUUCAAUUUUUCCACCAUUUUUUCUCACUUGGAGUACACACGUCGGUGGAAAUUUCCGCCGACAUUUUGCUGUCGUGAUGAAAGUUCAAAAGGACAAUAUUUAACUGUGAACGUUGAUUUUAUUAUUAAUAAUAAGUAAUAGCCAUUGUUUUGCGUCGAAAUGCAAAGCAUAUUUGAUUUUAAAAUAAUCGGGACCAUAGAAAAAAUUUUUCCUUUCAUCAAAACUCAAUAUCCUUGAAUCUGAUCAUCUUGCAAAAUGAGCUAGUAAAGAGUAACAUGUGUAAGGCACAGUCAUCCUUUUGCCAUGGGGCAAGCAAGAAAACAAAUUAAAACAACAGGGGCACCCAACGAGAAUAUAGUUCAAAACCACUUAACAUUGCAUUGUUAAACGUAUUUUAGCAUUUAAACUGUAGAUAUAGGCAUGUUUUUAUUCCCUAAAAAUUUUUCAUCUGUUCGGAUUUCCUAGCUGAAAGUCUAGUGAUCCGAAAAUUAUAGGGAUCAAAACUUACCUUUUCGAAAAUUUCAGCCAGAAAAAAAGGCUCCCGAAAAUUCUAGGUGACCUUUUUAGGGCAAAAAUGGAGAGCCGCAUGAGCAAAAAUUCUGGCCGACCCUCCUUUCGAACAGAGAUUUUACCGAAAUUACCCGUUGGAAGCCCCUUAGCCUGAAUGGAAAGGGUUUGCGUGCGGUUUAGGAGCAAAGAACGAGGGACGACCGAAAAUUCCGUUCCUCAGUCUUUCUUUGCUUGGAAACCAAACGGAAACGCUUGCUACGCAAGCUAGGAGCCCCUGAAAGAAAAAGGAUUUCACAAGGACGUAAACUGCGCGAGAUGUCGACAUUUGAACUGAACAAUGGUUCGAGACUGAAAUCCUUAUCACCCCUGUAAAAGAUGCGACCUCUACCUUGUUCUGUGUCCACAGGUUAUCUUUGAUCUUUGUACCCCACCUUAAAGGUAACUUCAUCCGAAAUGGAACGUCUGUCAUUAAAAUUAUAAAUAAACAACACGAAUCACUUUUCCAGUAGUCGGUUAUCGCCGUUUUUAUUCUUUGUUUAUAACUUGUUACUCACAUCGCCUUCUAAUAUUCGAUUGUAAUUAGCUCAUUUGUGCAGAUUUCAUCCCGCUCGAUUGAACUAAAAACCUUUUUUUAUUCUAAAAGAGAUCAGUAAGUGCCAUAAUAUUAAAAUACUGAGCUAAAAGUCAUGUUGAAAUGUUUUGUUUGGGUUUUCAAUCGAUCGCGCACUUCAUCAACAUAAACGCGUCCUACUUCAACACACAUAGGUUGGAGAGUGAAGGAAACUUUUCCUGAAACUUUCAAGUCUCAGUGGGAAAAAAAUAAAAAUGUUAUUCACUGGCCUAGGUCGGUCCUUAUUGGGAGAAACUGUGCCCUCGGUCUGAGUAUCGCCCUCGGCCUAUGGCCUCAGGUGGUACUCAAGACCUCGGGCACAGUUUCUCCCAAUACGGACCUCCCAGCCUGUGAAUAACAUAUAUUUAUUAAGAAAAUUCCGUAUUUGAAAUAACUACGAAAAAAAUUGUUAUUGAAAAUAAAUUAUUAUUAUUCUGUAGAUAUUAUUAGAGGAGGGUUUUAAAUUCAUUUCUUUGAGACUGAUAUGCCUUCAAUGAAAAAAGGUUGUCAGAUAAACGUUCCAGGGAAUAAUUAGUUUUCUGACCAAAAGACGUGCUUUUCUGAACUGAAAAAUUUCUGAGCAACGUUCUUGUCUUUUCGUAGCAAUUUAAUGUUAAUAUUUUAAAUUUGUUUUCUGAUAUAGUUGUUUUGCUCGUUUUCCAUUGGCACGUACAAUUUCAAACUUACAUGUAUCCUGCAAAAUUCUUUAUUAAUCUUUUGCAGCCUCACAGUUCAUCAAGAUCAACCAUGAUCAACAACUGCGGAUACGUUUACUUUUGUUUGAGAAAUUUUUCUCAUCCUUCAAUUAAUGUGUGGCAAGUUAUUAUUUGUUUUGACUUAGGGGAUCUUUACAGCCCUUGAAUAUUUCAGGAAUGUAUUGACUUGGCAGGCAAUAUAUUUCUUUUUUUCUUUUUUUUUUUUCUAAAUUUCUAAAGGGAAACCUGACUUUAGGUUAAGCACUUCCGAGUCAAAUAACUAUUUCAUUUUGCAUCUUGGUUCUAGACAAGUUUUUAGAUUUUUUAGCAAUGACUUAUUACAACGAAAUUCAAUUACGGUAUUUAAUGUUCCCUUGUAAUCAAAUAACUGCACUCGGGUACCUAAAGUAUAUUAUAAUGCAGCAGGCCCAUUUGUUAGGAAAAGUCCGUACUUGAAGUACCAAAAUUUUUAAAAGCCAAUAGUUUCUUUCGAAAAUUAUUCUGUAGACGUUAUUAGGGCUGCUUUAAUUUUAAAAAAAAUCAUCGGAAGUUUUAAAUUCAUCUCUUUGAUGCUAUGCCCAUUAUAAUAAUAAGAGGAGAUUCAACGUUGAACGGUUACGUUCCAGGGAAUAAUUAGUUUCUGACAAAAACACGUUCUUUUUUGAACCGAAUAGUUUCUGAGAAACAUGCUUGUUUUUCCAUGGCCUGGAGGAGGUGUUUAUUACAUUUAGGCCUUCUACAGAGGUUUGGUAAUGAAUUUCUCACGGGGAUUAAACAAAGCAACUACGAGACAGCACAAGCCCGGCAAGAGAGAAACUUCUGCUCGCGUGGUAUUCCAUCCAGCCUCAGGCUAUUUGCGCCUCUCUAAAUUCGCUGUUUCUCUAAAUAUAUCAUUGAAGAUUCGGUCUAUCUAUGAAUAACGUAUCUUUUUUGGAAGCCGACAUUCGGGAGUAAAACUAAAAAUCUAACAGUCCAUUGUUAAAUGAAUUGAGCCAAACCGUGAACGUAAAAUAACUAUGUUUAACCUAUCUUACCCUUUUUUCAUUAUUCACUUUCGUAUCCUAAUUUUUUUUUACUAUUUUUUUCACCCUCGACUUUUUCAGGUACGCACGUGCGUACCGUGCGUACAGGUAGCUAAAUUCCGUAUUUGGAAUAACUACGAUUUUUAAAAGCCAACAGCUUCUUUAGAAAAAUUAUUCUGUAGAUAUUAUUAGAAGAGGGUUUUAAAAUCAUUUCUUUGAGACUGAUAUGCCUUUAAUGAAAAAAGGUUGUCAGAUAAACGUUCCAGGGAAUAAUUCGUUUCUGACCAAAACACGUGCUAUUCUGAACCGAAAAGUUUCUGAGCAACGUUCUUGUCUUUUCGUAGCAAUUUAAUGUUAAUAUUUUAAAUUUGUUUUCUGAUAUAGUUGUUUUGCUCAUUUUCCAUUAGCACAUACAAUUUCAAACUUACAUGUAUCCAGGGAAUAAUUAGUUUCUGACAAAAACACGUUCUUUUUUGAACCGAAUAGUUUCUGAGAAACAUGCUUGUUUUUCCGUGGCCAGCAGGAGGUUUGGUAAUGAAUUGUAAGUGGCAAGGUAAGUGUUAAUUGUAUUUUAACUCUGAGGGUCGCAAAAUUGUUUUAUAUCUUUUAUAUUACUUUUUUCAAAAUUUAGUUAUUAUAAUGGAAUCCAUACGAUAGGAAAGAAGGUCGUUGAAUGAAUUUUGAACAAUAAUUGGUUUCUGCAAAGAAUAUUUCACAUUUGGUAGCAAUGAGUUAUUACAACAAAGUUCAAUUAAUGGUCGUUAAUGUUACGAUGAAUUCAUUUUUUUGCUCUAUACCCAUUAUAAAAAUUAAUGGAGAUUCAACGGGUAGGUCCCACGAAAUAAUAGCUUUCCCAAAAUAAAUUAAUUAGAUCGUGCCUUUUAUCAUGUUCAUUUUCAAAAAAAAUUGUUACUGAAAUCUAAGGGUCUCUUAGCAAACUUGGUUUCUACAUGUUAUUAGAGUUGUCAGUUAUGAAUUAAUCAUAACGAAAUUCCCAUAAAUACAGGUGAGAAAAACGGGGAAUUUAACAAGUCCAAGCUUGUUUCUCCUCUGUGGUCUAACUUCUCCGGUAAGUGAAAUGUUUGACUAGAGUUCUUUAUGUGUUGAGGUGUAUAUGUUGUUCAGUUGAGUAAAGAUCUUGCACCCAGUUCCAGGUAACGUUUAUUUAACACAAUAUUAUAGUUUCUUUCCGGGGGUAGAAAAGAAUGAAAUAGAAAUUUAGGGACACGUCUGUAAAACUUAUUGUUCUUUAUUUUCGCGUCCUGUUGGUUCAAAGGCCGAUUAAGGGAACCAGGUUUGUCUUUGUGUUGUUCAAAAGGAUUUUCUCGAAAAAACAAUUUCUGUAUUCUUCUUAGAGCAACCAAUCUUCAACUUAUAGAAAAACGAAUUAAGCUUAAUUUGCUUUUUUAAUGUUUCAUAUCUAAAAUCCAGUUUCACGCUAACUCUAGGUUGUUGUAACCUACAAUGCUUUGAACAAGCCAGCCCCAUGGAUAUUUACCGCGGACAUUCUUUUUUAAUAGAAAGCAAUGUAAAAUCUUUUGUACAUGAACAGUUAUAUCUUAAGUUCCCAAUAUGGGUCUAAAGAAGAAAAGUUGUCAAGUUAUCUUUCGAAAAUGAGAAAGAAACAUAUUAUAGAAUGUUUUGAAGGGUGUCUUUUUUUCCUCGGGAAAAAUCCUAAAAUCCUUAGUUUAUUCUUUUGGUUUGCGUGUAACAAAAUCAAAAAUCAUCAAUCCUUCAGCAGACUUAAGUUUGAUGCAAGAGCGUCUGAUCACCAAUCUUUUUAGAAGUUUCUACUUUGAUUACAUGCUUCGUUUUGUUUUUCAGUUUCUUUUGAAAUCAAUCUGUCGUCAGAGAAGACUAGAAAAUGAAACUGCUGUUUAUUGUGGUUCUUAGUCUCCUGGCUGUGAGUUAUGCCUGGGAAAAGAAAGUAAGGCCGAGGACAAAAAACAGACCCGAGGACAAAAAGCAGACCCGAGAACAAGAAACAGCAGCAGGUAGUCAUACUAGCUAGGGGGUGAGGAGGGGGCGGAAGCUACUUUCAUGGAGAAAUUUUUAAGCGUUUUGAAACUGCAAGAAAUGACGGCGACAGCAACGAGAACGGCUGAAAAGCAAUAGUUUUUAAUAGAUUAGGAAAACAACAACUCGCUUUGCACGUGCAUCACGCCUUUUGGUACAUUUCUUUGCCGUCGUUGCCUCCCGACUACAACAUGAAAGCGCCUAAGGGCCUGUGUACAUGUAGGUGGGGGACCCCAGGUAGGUGAGGUAACAUGUGGCGGGUCACCCCACCUAACAUGUAAACGUGAUCAAAUUAAAAUGAAAGAUAAUAUGGACAGGCGAGUUACUCCACCUACCCUGGUUCCUCCCCGCCCCCCUCAUUUAUCAAGGCCGGGAACACAAGACAACAACUUUCUUUUUCUUUUCCUGAACUUUGAUACAGUCCUUUGGAAUUCAACUCCAAAACAUUUUGCCAAGAAUUGACGAAUUGAACGAGAUGGAAUAAGAGCGAUAAAGUUUGAAGCAGCGCGAAUUCACUUUUUUAAAGUGACGUUUUCGUAGUGGGCAACUGAAGUGGACAUGUUUUAUCUCCUGGAAGCGUUGGCUGCAAAAAGCGACUAAAAAACUUUGUAAAAAGGGAUGAUAUAAACCACAUACACCAACUGAACCCAAUCCACUUCAGUAAAAUCCUUUGAAUGUAGAUGUCCACUCAACGUGUAAAUAGAACCGACUGGUUCUUUCUUGUCUUUAUACUGAAUGCACGACUGGCAAUACGGCAAAGGGUUGAUUUGUUUGAGGCCAAUAUUUCGGCUAACAAAAUUAGCCUUACUCAGGGCCAGAGCUACACUGCCUUUGCGUGUUCGCAUCUGUGGCCAAAUCGGGGGGAAAUGCGACCCAGUCCCACGAAAGUUUGUUACGUUUAACCCAGAAUUAAACCAAAUUUUAAGUAAGGUUUUCUUGCCUAAGAACAGGCAACUCGAUCUUACAAAAUACUGUCGAGCCUUUACUCCGAGAUACAGUAAUGAUAACACAAAAUGUUAAUCUCGCAAUAAAUUGGAAGGUAAAAUACAAAAAUGAAACAAAAUUUAAUCCUGGAUUGGAGCUAAUGGGAGUAACAUAGGAAAUUAUUUUUUUAAAUUAUAAGGCAUUUUGCUUAACUUCAUUGCUUUGUUUUUCCAUUUUAUUUUAUUAAACUUCCACAUUUUUCAGAUACGCAUGUGUGUAUUGGCGCAUAUCAGGAGCCCAUUAACAAUAAUGGCUGUCGGAAGGAUUAAGACGUCGUAAAGUCAUACAGUCAAACCGCGCGGUCCAAAUGCGAGAUGUUAAAAAAGUCUUUAAUCGGCGGUCAAAACUAGGAGCACUGUAGGAAGCACUUUAACAGCUCGUCAAUGUACGCUGGAGUCUUUCUAUAAUAUUAUCUUUCUUCCCUCCUUGUGUGAUAAACAAUUUAAAUGGCAGAAAAGCUUGACGAAAUGAUCAGAUGCCUUUUCUUGUCUUAAGCUAUUCACCACACUUACAAUGAUACGCGAAGUUGAAAUACACCAAAUUAACAGGUUUAACGUGGCUAGUCAAACAGUUAACUCCUGAUGAUAAAUACUGAUUUGGCCUGGAAAUCAUCUAUUCUUGCUCAGUUUUCAGCGGAGUCACACAGGGGUAAACGACCCACCCUCCCACCCAGAAAGUCACGUGGGUCGUAUUAAUGUCCCAGCUUGGCUUAGUCCGCUGAUCAAUCAUUUUCCCAUGCCUUAUAGAGCGUUUUCACAUGACGACACGGCGGCCAUAUUGGCGUUCCAAAACAAUAAAACGGCAGCCAUGUUGGUGUUUCAAACCAGCCCUGUGGGAGUUGAACUCUUUUCUUAUUAAAACACUUUCUUCUGUUCCAAUAAAUUUGAUAGAUACUGGUCACGUGAGUGAAGACGCUCUAUUAAUACAACUGAGCAUGAAUAUGAAUGUUGUUGAAUAGAUUACUAUACCAAUGUACACUGUAUUUACAAAAUUCACUUUUGAGAUUGUAAUUGUGUGUGUUUUUUCAUUUAUCAAAUCAAAUUAGGUAAAACCUGCAGUGAAAUAAAACUAUACAAUCCACAAGCUACAAGUGGAUCGUAUGUUAUCGACCCCGAUGGAGAGGGAGGCUACGAACCAUUCACUGUUCAUUGUAACAUGACAGACAAGAACGGAGUUGGUGUGACAGUUGUUGGUCAUGACAGUGAACAGAGGACCCGGGUCGAGGGCUAUGAAAGUCCAGGAAGCUAUGUGCGUGAUAUUCAUUACGCAGGAACCGGCCUGACAAGGAAUGGUCAAUUGUUUGGUCUUGUGGACAUCUCUACACAUUGUGAGCAAUUUAUCAAGUACGAAUGUCAUCACGCUGCCAUCCUCUGGAUGGGUAACCCAGAUUCAUGGUGGGUCUCACGUGACAACGUUAAAAUGACAUACUGGGGAGGGGCCACUCCUGCGGAUCUCUACAAGUGCGCAUGCGGGGUGAACAACACAUGUGCAGACAGCAGCCGUGGAUGUAACUGCGAUAAGAAUGAUCAAGUGUGGCGUGAGGACAGCGGUCUCCUUACUGAAAAGUCUGACCUUCCAGUUUUACAGCUGAGAUUUGGAGAUACAGGCGCUUCAUAUGAAUAUGGUUACCACACGCUUGGGAAACUCAAGUGCUACGGAGGUCAUUACUGUGCUACAGUCAGUCCUUAA